GUACCACCAGAUUGCUAUACGGCCUGAGGAUCAGCACAAAACCGCAUUUCAAACCAGCUACGGUCUGUACGAGUUUGUGGUCAUGCCUCUCGGCCUUUGCAAUGCUCCUGACACCUUUCAGCACGCGAUGAAUCGGGUCUUUCAUGACUACUUGGACAAGUUUGUCAUCGUGUACCUCGGUGACAUACUUAUCUUUAGUAGGACUGUCGAAGAGCACGUAGCCCAUUUGGACAAAGUCCUUAGUCUCCUUCGACAAUACGAGUUCAAGAUCAACGGUGAGAAGUGCGAGUUUGGCCGCACCCGUAUCUUGUACUUGGGUCAUGAGAUUUCCGCGGAGGGUUUGAAGCUCGAUGACGUGAAGGUAGCCAACAUUCAUGACUGGCCGCGUCCUCAGUCUGUGACUGAGAUGACGUCUUUCUUAGGGAUGACCGGCCAGUACCGUAAUUUUGUUAAGAACUAUAGCAUAGUGGCUGCCCCUUUGACUGACCUCACCCGCCUUGACACCCCGUGGGAGUGGACAGACAGGUGUGAGGCUGCUUUCAGACAUCUGAAGCAUGCGUUGACACACCAUGAGGUCUUGAAACUUCCUGAUCCUGACAAGUCGUUUAUAGUAACCACGGAUGCUAGCCAAUAUGGCAUAGGCGCCGUGCUCGCGCAGCAGGAGGGGCCAAAGUUGAGGCCAGUCGAGUACAUGUCCAAAAAGAUGCCCUCUCAGAAGUUGGCUAAGUCCAACUAUGAGAAGGAUCUCUAUGUGAUUUACAAGGCACUGACCCAUUGGAGACAUUAUCUCCUAAGGAGGUUCUUCAUCGUUAGGACUGAUCAUCAGACCCUAAAGUGGAUGAGAACUCAGCCUAUGCUCUUUGAUGCCUUGAAGCGCUGGAUCGAAGUCAUUGAGCAGUAUGACUUCGAACCCCAGUAUCUGAAGGGGGAGUACAACAAGUUGCUGAUGCCUUGUCACCUUCCCAUCUACAUUCAAAAGCAAUUGAUCAAGUCUCUUGAGUAUCAAUGGCGACCAAAGGGAACGAUCAUCAUCAGGCAGGGAGAACCAGCUGGAGAUUGGUAUAUCAUAUUGACUGGCUCGGUCUCAAUUUUCAAGUUGGAUGAUAAGGAGAAUGCUAACGUCGAGGAGGGUUAUUAUGGGAAUUUUGUGACAGAGCUAGUUACUGGUGACAGUUUUGGGGAGGCCGUGCCCUCAGCUCCCUCUUCGAACCGUGCAGCAACUGUGAAGUCAAAUGAUAAGCUGUGCCUAGCUUGCUGCAGGAGGGAAGAUUACCUACGGACAGUGUACCGGUUGGAUGAAGGACAAAACGUAGCCAAAAUCCUUCAUGAAAAGGUAACWAAGGAAUUCCCAUUGGGACUGUACGGAACAGUCGACACCUAUGACUGCUUGGAGACCAGCUCCGUGCAAAGUGCACAUGGGAAACAGCAGGACCAACAGAGGGAAGGGGAAUGGCAUAGCUCCGGCGCCUUUUCUCCCAUAAUCUCCAAGAUGCCAACCCAACUGAACAGUGGAAUGAUGUGGAGACCAUGGAGAACUGUCACAGCUAUUUCGUACAGUGUCCUUGCGGGCCCGGGGAUCCCAGCAGAACUGCUGGCAGCCUCGGUAGCACAGCUGCUGAGCUCCGGCAUCUUGAAUGGAGACAGUGAUCUGGAAGCCAAAGCAUUCACCAUGGAUCUAGACAGGUUCUACAGAAGCGACUACUCAGAGGAUGACAUGGAAGAAUGGCAGGAAGAUGGAGUCACCUCAAAGUCGGCCUUCUCAAUGGACCUAGGAACCAGCGGAAGCAUUGGAGAAUACCAAAUAGAUGACGCCACCACAAAGACACAGCAGGAUCCGCCGGAUGAGCCCACAUCAGCUAUGGAGGACCUCGACCAGGACCCCUCCUGAAAACUUAAUACCCUAAUACUAGUAUCGCCACGGCCCGACCGCCACAAUGUUGGAAAUCUUUAGAAAGAGGGCAAACGCCAAUGAUGUGCGAGUGGACUGGAAGACACAAGGGAUAAUAAUCAGAAGUUGGAAUGUCAACGGGUUGGGUAACAUAAAGGAAAAUGAAGCAAAACUAAACAA